AUGGUGUUGGUGUGCUAUGAGGCCACAUCUUCCAGAAAAUGUUUUCCCACACUGUUCACACAGGUUCUGGUGUCAGAGGGCAGUGAGCCUGUGGAUGUGCCGGCACAGCUGUCAGAAAUGUUUGAAUCACAGCAACAGUACCUGAAUCUGACCAGCGGGGGGCGAAACAUCACGUCACACACUCAGACUGCUGCUGCUUCGUCCGUCCAUCCUCUCGUCCCUCUCCUCCUCUACAGCGACAGACACUUCCCUCCUUCCUCCCCGUACAGCCAGCCAAUCAGCACAUCUGCUGCCCCACAGGCCGACGCCCGCUCCAGGACAUAUCCCUGUCACCAUGGCAACGGUGUCACCAGCAGCAGACAGGUGGUGAAGAAGCCUCUGAAAGCCUUCAUGCUCUACAUGAAGGAGACGAGACACAAAGUUCUGCAGGAGGGACGAGAGAGAGAAAGCGCCGCCAUCAACCGCAUCCUGGGACGCAGGUGGAACGCUCUGUCUCGCUCUGAACAGUCCAAAUAUUACGAGCUGGCCCAGAAGGAGAGACUGCUCCACAUGCAGCUUUACCCUGGAUGGUCCGCCAGAGACAACUACGGUAAAAGAAAGAGGAAGCGGAGCCAGCAGUCAACAGGAAGCUGCCUCAGCUGGACUCUGAGCGCUGGAUGAGAACUCUGAAGACACAACAUGUGACUCACCGCUGUCGUGUGACGUGAAAUUUAGCGAAGAUGCUGCUAAACAAGUUGAUCCAGACUGUGUCAUUGUUUAUUUGGGUUGCUCUGAAAUUAUGAGCAAUUACGAGCAACCCUGGCAACUUUUUUUUUGUUUUGUUCAUACUGUAUGUCGGUGCUGUCGGGCCAGUGUGUAGUUUGUCUGUUUGUACAUAGUUGUUAGUAGUAAGUUAAAAAAAAACGACCCUUACGUUUCUUGUUGAUUAAAUUAAUUCUGUAUUAAGUUAUUGUUCUUUAAGGGUUUGAUUCAUUUUUAACAGGACGUGUAUCUGAUGUGAGAGACUUUGUGUUUGUUGCCUAAAAAAAGAAAAGACUUCCGACACGA